AUUACUGUAUAGCUGUACGACUUUCUGUAUAUUCUUUUAGUUGUUUGACAGUGAUGUCUCUACUGAUAUUUAGGAAUAAAAAAAUAGAGAAGGUCUGGGUUCCUUGAAAACCUUGAACUGAUGGUUAAAAUUAAUGGUACAAGAACCAGUCUCUCAGUGGCUGCGCGAGUGAAUUGACAUACCAGGUAUGAAGUUCCCAGCACUUCCGGCACUACUCAUUCUGAUCUCUUUUCUCCUUCUUGUGGUAGUUUAUGUACGGUUCCGGUUGCGCUACAGACAAGUUCUGGCUAUCGCCACCAAGCUACCCUGUCCUCCGACUUGGCCUGUCCUGGGCAACCUCCCUUCGCUUCUCUUAUAUGGUGUAAAUGUCAGUUCCUCCAAAAAUAUACUGAGAAUUGCAGAAAAGUUUAAAGGCAUUUUCUGUGUCUGGAUUGGCCCAGUUCCAAUGUUUGUCGUAAAAGAUCCUGCGGACGUUCAGAUCAUUUUAAAUAGUUCCGCAACACUGGAAAGAAACGAUAGAUACGUAAGUUUUAAAACAUUCAUGGGCAAUGGACUUCUGUCAGCACCAGUUAGUAUCUGGAAGAAGUACCGGAAGGUAAUAAAUCCCAUCAUGCGGCCUUCUAAUGUGGAACACUUCCUUCCUGUCUUCAAUGACGUCGGUAGAAAGUUGUCAGAUAAGUUUUCUGUCAGCUCUCCUCCUACUGACCGCUCGGAUGAAAUUUUUGACAUGGCUUUGGAUGCUAUCAUAAGAACUGCUAUUUCAAAGAAGGACUUUCCUAACGAAACAAAGAGAGAUGUAAAAUAUCUUAUCCAUAGUGUACCAGAUAUACUCAUGGCACGUAUAUUCAAGAUUUGGCUGCAAAUAGACUGGUUGUUCAAGUUAUUAUACAGAAAAGAGUUAAAGUUGAUUUUUGAAAAGUUGGAAAAUCUCUUGGAUACAGUGAAUAAGAGAGUGAAGGCUGAAGGCGAAAUUCGAACUAGAGUUCCAGAGUCAGAUGAAAUUAGUACACGGAUGUCUGGAUUAACGCUAAUGGAUGUAAUUUGUGACAAUCUGCCGGUUAUAAGAGAAGAUCAUAAUUGGAGAGACGAAGUCAUGACAUUGUUAGCAACCGGAACAGAUACUAUUGUUGGCUCAUUGUCUUUUCUACUUGUCACCCUAGGAAAUUACCCAGAAGUCCAGGAUAAGAUAAUAGAGGAGAUACAGGGAGUGAUGGGAGAUAUGGACCGUGACGUCACCGUUACUGACGUUAACGCCAUGACGUACCUGAACCAGGUAAUCCUGGAGAGCAUCAGAUUGCACGGUAGCGUUUCUGCAAUAUCGAGGAAGGCAACGAAGGAAAUUAAGUUAUCCGAGUGCACACUACCCGCUGGAAGUCGAAUAGUAUUGGUGCUCCUAACCAUGGGUUAUGACAAAGAACGGUUUCCUGACCCUGAACAGUUCCUACCUGAACGGUUCUCUCCAGAAAAACAAAAAGAACGACACAACUACUCUUUCCUGCCAUUCGGCGGUGGUCCCCGCAACUGUAUAGGGAAGACCUAUGCAAUGGUCAUGAUGAAGACAGUCCUGGUGCAUGUGCUGAGACGGCUGCGAGUGAAGUCACACACUAAAAUGUCUGAACAUACAGUACGAACUGAGGGUGGUGAUACACCAGAGCUUUCCACUCCUGGUCACCUUCCAUCCUAGAUAAGCAAGCGUACACUUCUAUGUUUUACUUGAGAACAUGUCCCAUUGAAACUGGAUGGUCUUCGAACAUCUUUACUUAUUUUAAAUCGCUCAUGAAUUAUAAAUGUGGGUAAACUAUUAAAUGUAGGCUACUUGUUUU